CUUCUUUCCUUCCAUCCUAGACUGUGACUUCCAAGGCCGCUUGGGCCAUAGGGCUCUGGGAGCCAGCAGGGGAGAGGGAGCCUGGUGGCACUGAUCUCUCCUCAGGGCACGAAAGGCCCAGCCAUGUCACUCUUAAAGGAUGCCAUGCCCCUCAUGAAGGAGACUCCACCCCCACCUCAGGUCCCAUUUCCCUGGAUCCUCCCGAGCCUGUUCGCUGCCCUCAAUGUAGUGUUGCUGGUCAUUUUCAGUGGUUACUUCUUCGCAUUCCCUUGCAGGUGGCUGGCUCAGAACGGGGAGUGGGCCUUUCCCAUCAUCACAGGCCCCCUCUUUAUCCUUACCUUCUUCAGUCUCGUUUCACUCAACUUCUCAGACCCUGGCAUCUUACAUCAAGGCUCUGUCGAGCAGGACCCCAUGAUGGUACAUGUGGUGUGGGUAAACCACAGGGCCUUCCGCCUGCAGUGGUGUCAAAAGUGCUGCUUCCACCGCCCGCCCCGGACCCACCACUGCCCCUGGUGCAACAUCUGUGUGGAGGACUUUGAUCACCACUGCAAGUGGGUCAAUAAUUGCAUCGGUCACCGCAACUUCCGCUUCUUCAUGCUGCUCGUCCUGUCCCUAUGCCUCUACUCUGGUGCCGUGCUGGUCACCUGCAUAAUCUUCCUGCUGCGCACGGCCCACCUGCCAUUCUCCAUGAACAAGGCCUCGGUGUAUCUGCACAGGCCCUCGGGUCCAUACGGGGAGCAGGGGGGCGGGGACAGACGAGGGGCGGGGACAGACGAGAGGCGGGGUCUGGGAGGGCGGAGCUAA